UAUAUAAGCUACAGCGUGGGUCCUCUGAUUCAGAAACUCCCUGUUCCAGCUAGAAGAAAGACAAUGUUGUUCUUCUGCCCCCAAGAUAAGAGAAUGUUCAAUAGCCUCGCUGCUGCUUACAUUUUGGUCGCUGCAUUCGUAUUUUCUCCUAUGAUUAAAGGUCAAGAGGAAGAACUUGCUGAAAUUGUAAUACCAGAUGACUGCAUGCAAUGCUUGUGUGAAGCAAGCUCCUACUGCAAUUUGACUGCUCCUUGCACUACUGGUUCACAGUAUCUAUGUGGUCCUUUUCUAAUCGGCGUUAACUAUUGGGCAGAUGCAGGGCAACCUACGCUUACGCCCGACGAAGAUCCCAAUGGAGCGUUCGAGACAUGCGCGCAAGACCUGGAAUGUGCCAAAAAGACUGUUCGUUUGUACAUGACAGAAUUUGCACAGGAUUGUACCGAAGAUGGUAUCAUUGAUUGCGAAGACUUUGCACGUAUUCACGUAUUAGGAAAAUCGGACUCAUGUUUUGCGAAAAUGGAAGGUUUGCCCUUCUAUAGGGUCUUCCGCGAAUGCAGAGAUAAACCUGUUUCUGUCUAAUCUAUUUAGUAAAACCAUUAAAAAUCAGAAAACAACACACACAAUUACAUAUAACAUAAAGUUCGGCUGCAACCAUUCUCCCAGUGCAACACGUGAUUGCAAACUAUUCGCUCAAUUUAGAAUUCACAACAUGAACCGGUAGAGUUUGUGUGAUUUGUUAAAUUUCAUGAUACCAAUAAAUGCUUAACAAAGAAAACAA